AUGGAGACCAGCCAAUCUAUUUUAGAAAAAAUCCAAGCUUACGGAGUAGGGCGGCGAACGUUAGAUGACGUUCUGUUUUUAAAUGAUAAGCCGCCGCCAAGACUGGGCGUUUACGACUUCGAUGAAGAGAACUAUUGUCAUGAAAUGAUAAAAUCUUCAUGCAGCGUUCCAGGAUGUACUUUCAUAGCAGAAUCAUUACUAGAAUUCGAAAACCACUAUAAUGCAUCACAUAGGUAUGCUUGUGGGCAGUGCAAGAAGAAUUUACCAUCCCCCCAUUUAUUGGAUUUGCAUAUACAAGAAACUCAUGAUUCUUUUUUUGCGGUUAUGGCUGAAAGGAAACCUUCAUACUGCUGUUACAUAGAAGAGUGCAAAGAAAAGUUCAAGAAUGGUGACGAUCGUUUGCAACAUUGUAUCAAAGAACAUAAAUUACCAAAAGACUUUAGAUUUGAAUCAAAACCGAGCAGUAAAAAAAGUAAAAAAUCGAGGGUAAACCAAAAUAAAGGUCAAACUGAAGUGUGUAUGGAUUUGGACGGCGAGAGCAGUAGCAGUUCCAAACAUAAAGUUAUUCUAACUAAUAGUAAACAGAAAACAUUUGCCAAGUACACUGGAAGACAAUUUACCAAAAGUAAAAACAUCUCGAAAGAAGUUAACAUGGACGAGAUUAUGGUUGAUUUAAAGGAUAAUUUGCCAGAAUAA